AUGUCGUCAUUGGUGCGUCCCGCCCAGCAGAAGGGACCGCUCCCCCCCGGCUCGCCGUCAGACACCUACCCGGCACCUAUCACGCGCCUCGACGCGUCUCGACGCGCCAACCUCAUGGCAAGGCGUGAUAACCAACCUGUUGGCCCUCUACAGGCCACACUACAGGAGAUAACCACCGCUGCUACUGCUAGAGCUCUAGAAGGCCAGAAAAUCUUCAGCCCUAUAGCAACCUUCCUUGACAACCACCGGCGUCAGAAUACUGGCCUCACCCCUGGCCAGCUCGAAGCGCUAGCUGCCCUCAGCAAUGACCUGGCUAACGUAGCCCAACAACACUUCAAUGCCUACAUCAGCGGCGUGCCCUUGACCAAUUCCCCCACUACCCCUGCCCCUGCCCUUGCCCCUGCUCCCCUUCCCCCGUCACCUCCCCCCUCCCGUCCCCCUUCCGGUCUUGCCCAGUCCACAUACGCGUCUGUUACCCAAAGUCCCCCGGCUAAGAAUGCUGCGGCAAGGCAAACCAACGGUACUACGAAGACUGAUAAGCUUGCUGCAAAGCUGCCAUCUCCCGAUAACCGUCUCUUUGUACGCCUCCCGGAGAACCAUCUUGCCAAAAGCAUGGAUGCAUUCGCGAUAUAUACUAGCCUACGAUCCCAUCUAGACACCAAUGGAAAGCUUCUCAAAGGCGUCCAAUCUAUCAAGACUGGAUUCGCUCUUCUGCCCAGAAGGAAGCCAUAG